AUGGCAAAUACAGUUCAAACUUUAUUUAGCCAUUCUCUAACACCCCUGGGUACAGUUAAGAUGACGUCAAGAAAAAACCUUUCAGAAAAUGAAAUUCAAAACCUCCUUCUGGACGUUCGUGAUGAAGAUGAAGUGUUUCUUGGGGAUGAAUUAGAAGAUGAACUGGAUGAAAUUAUUCCCGAUUUUCGCGAUGAACAGGUUCCUGUCGAAGAGGAUGGCUCUAACCAUGAAACAGAUCUUGAAAGUUCGGAAGAAGAAAUUGAAGAGGAUAUUGUCCAGGUUAGAAUCACAAAUUCUCCAGUAACAGUUCUUACAGUACCCGAAGUUUUGCGAGGUAAAGGAACAAAAAAGCAAAGAACUAGCGAAAUAUUUCUAUGGUAUGGGACUCAUCGCCGUUCCUCGCGUACUCCACAAAGAAAUAUAAUAUUUCAUGCACCAGGAAAUAAAGCUCUUGCUAAAUUUACUACCAGUGCCUUAGAUAGUUGGAAAUUAUUUUUUUACGGAUGA